AUGGGGGCGGGGCGCAAGACGUUCAGCUAUGACUGCGACACACGCAAUGAGACCAACUACCGCUUCGAGCAGCAGCAGAAGAACCUGGGCACGCAGCUGGGGGGCGUCAUCUUCAUGUGCAACAGCAGGACGUACCGAACCUGCAUGGACAACAUGAUGUUUGGCCUGCCCUCCCCCCACUGGUGCUACGUGCAAUAUGUUCGGGCCGGGAUGCCGCUGUUCCUGUUCAACUUUGAGACCAAGGAGCUGCACGGAAUCUUCAAGGCAGCCAGCGACGGCGACUGGGAGAUCGACCCGUACGGCUGGACGGACGGCAGCCGUCGCACGCCCUACCCCUGCCAGGUGUCUGUGGAGGUGUACCUGGCCUGCCCGCCUGUGCCUGCCGACCAGCUGCGGGGCGUCAUCGCCGAGAACUACCAGGGCAACACAGACAAGUUCCAGCUGGUGUGUGUGAUGGUGGUGGCAACAGUGGUGGUGGCGGUGGUGGUGGUGGUGGUGGUGGUGGUGGUGGUGGUGGUGGUGGUGCAAGAGCUGAGCAAGAAGCAGGCGGCGGAGCUGUGCGCCCUGUUCCGGCGCAAGCGGGAGGGCGCCGGCGGCGCCGCGGCCGCGGCGGCGCUCGACGGCUGGCCCGGCCUGGUCGCCGGCGGCGGCCAGGCGGCCGCCGCGGCGGCGCCCGCCCAGUUUGUGCCCAGCGCCGCGCCUGCCGCGGCCGCAUGGGCGGGCCAGCGCGGCGCGUACGCCGCCAACGGGGGCCGCUCCCACGGCCCAGAGGCGAGGGAGGCAGAGCCUGCGGGGCCGCCAGACCAGGGAGGCAAGACGUUUGCCCAGCUGCAGGCAGAGGAGGAGCGCAAGGCGAAGAAGGCAGCCAAGAAGCAGCAGCAGCAGCAGCAGCAGCAGGCGGCAUCCAGCCGGCCGGCCUCUGCCGCCGGCGGCAUGCCGGUGCCCUCGGCGGCCCUGCAGCAGCUCCCCAUGUCAGCGCUCUCCCAGGUCGGCGCCGCGGGCGGGGCGGCCACCUCGGCCGCCGCGGCGGCCGCCGCCAACCGCACGGAGCAGCAGCAGGCGGCGGGCGCACCGCAGGCGCAGCAGGCGGCGGCGGCGGCCGGCAGCCGGCCCGCGGCCGCGGCGCCUGCCGCGGCGGCUGGAGCGUCCUCUGCCGGCGGCAGGCCUGGUGUGGACCUUUUGGGCGAUGAGCUGUCUGGCCUCAAGGCCACGCUGGCGCCUCUCAUCCGGAACAUGCUGGACCUCAAGGCGCGCACACUUUCUUUUUAA